AUUCCUUUCCUCUACGUCUCGGACGUGAUUGUGCGCAAAAUCGGCUCGGUCAACGUCAUCGUCCUGGCCUUCCUGGCCUAUUGCAUCCGGUUCUUUGGCUACUCUUUCAUCUGGGAUCCGUGGCUGAGUCUUCCGUUUGAAGCUUUAGAGGCCGUCACGGUCCACAUGAUGGCCGUUGCCAGUUCGAUUUAUUGCGCCGCGGCAGCCCCGCCCGGUCUCCUGGCGACGUUGAACGGCGCCGUCGGUUCCUUUCAUUAUUCAUUUGGUCGCGGAGUGGGCAGUUUCGCCGGCGGCAUCAUGAUGGCCAAUUUCGGGACCCGGACGACAUUCCGCAUUCUUGGUGCUGGCGCCGGAAUCUGUGGCGUUUUCUAUUUCUUCCUCCGUCGCUUCUACCUCGCCAAAAUCGAGAAGCACAGACUGCGCAGGAAAUCCACCAAGCCCGCCGUAAUCAUUUCCGAAGAGGCGGGACCCAUCACAAUCAAACUUGACUUGUUGGAUGCCGACGAAAAAAAGAAUAAUCGCUCCUCGUCGGAUGAAGAGGAGGAUGACGUCGAAGACGCCGCCAUGGAUUAUUUGUUUGAACCCGAUGGUCUCAAAGGUCGUCGAUUGAGCGCCUUCUGAUUCGAUAAAGAAGUUGACGACUUUGAUCAAAAUCACUAAAAUUUAGGUCUCGAUUAUGUAAUUAUAUAGUGCCGACGCGUUUUAAAAAACAAUUCUUAUACGAUACACUACUCACUUGGAACAAAACUAUGUGCAAAAAAACACCAAAUACGUAAUUUACUAUCAGUUGUUCCAAGUAUGACUAUGCUGUAUAUUUUAUAUAUAGGGCCUAUAGUAAUGUCCGAGAAAAACCAAAAUUAAAUUUGGGAAUAGGUUUUUUAUCAAUUUAUCAGAUACAAUAAACGAUGCAAAUUUAACAAAGUUGA